AUAAAAGUGAAGUUGUGGGAGGAGGAGUGUGGGAGGAGGAGAGGGAGAGGGAGAGGGGUAGCCGCGAAGGAAAAGCUGAGCUCUCUGAAGUUUUGGCUCCAACCCACCUCCCCUCCUUUCUCCGCCCCCCCACCCCACAAGGCGAAAGAAGGGAUCACUUUUUUUCUUUUCUUUUUUGGUGGCAAAAGGGGGGGUGGAAAGGCUGAUCGCUGCAACGAAGCGGCACAAACCACCAUGCAGCUUGUGUUAUGGGCAGUGGGAUUCAGCACGCUAUUCCUCCAGCAAGACUUCUUGAUUAUAGCCGGUGCAGCAGGAACAGCAGCAGCAGCAGCAGCUAGAAAGCAGGGGUUGCUUCCAAGACAAGCUAAACUUCUGGAGACGCUGGGCGAGUACGAGAUAGUGACUCCAACACGGGUGAAUGAGUUCGGAGAGGCAUUUCCUCCCAAGGUCCACUUUCAAAGGAAGAAGCGGAGCCUUCAUCUGGACAUUGAGCCUUUAGGCCUGGAUGCGACUUCCUCCUCCUCUUCCAGUACCACCCAAGCUCAUUACGAGCUCUCAGCCUUUGGCCAACAUUUCUUUUUCAACCUUACAGCCCAUUCAGGAUUUAUCGCCCCACUUUUCACCGUUAGUCUCCUCGGAGAGCCUGGGGUUAACCAAACAAACUUUUACACAGAGGAGGAAAGUGAUAUAAAGCACUGCUUUUAUAGAGGAUAUGUCAAUACGAAGCCCCAACACACUGCAGUAAUCAGCCUCUGUUCUGGGAUGCUAGGCACAUUCAGAUCUCAUGAUGGGGACUAUUUUGUAGAGCCACUGGUAUCACCUGACCAGCAGGAGUAUGAAGAGGAACAUAGCAAGCCACACGUGGUCUACAGACACAGUGUACCUGUACUUCCAACAGACUUGCCAAGGGACAAGCAAACUUGUGACACUUCAGGGCAUGCAAAAAACCACAGAAAAUCCAAGAGGAAAAGCAGGACAAGCCAGUGGCACCUAUCUAGCAUAUUAUCUGAUGUCGAGGCACUGAAACAUAGCAUAGCUUCAGAACAAUUUCCUGAAUUAAAUAAAAACAAGACUGUCAACAUAAGGGGGAAAAACACCCGCAGAAGAACCAAACGAUUUCUCUCCUAUCCACGAUAUGUGGAGGUUAUGGUGGUGGCAGACAGCCGAAUGGUUGCUUACCAUGGAACAAAUCUACAACACUAUAUUUUGACAUUAAUGUCAAUAGUAGCUUCUAUAUAUAAAGACCCAAGUAUUGGAAAUUUAAUUAAUAUUGUUAUUGUGAAAUUAGCUGUCAUACAUAAUGAACAGGAUGGCCCUUCCAUUUCUUAUAAUGCUCAGACAACAUUAAAAAACUUUUGCCAAUGGCAGCAGACCCAGAACCACCCUAAUGAAGAAAAUCCAUCCAAACAUGACACUGCUGUAUUGGUGACAAGACAGGAUAUUUGCAGAGCUCAUGACAAGUGUGAUACUCUAGGUCUUGCUGAAUUGGGUACAGUCUGUGAUCCGUACCGGAGCUGUUCAAUUAGUGAAGAUAGUGGACUAAGUACUGCUUUUACAAUUGCACAUGAACUUGGCCAUGUAUUUAACAUGCCUCAUGAUGACAACAAUAAAUGUAAAGAAGAUGGAGGGAAAAGCCAACAGCAUGUUAUGGCUCCCACCUUGAACUAUAACACCAAUCCCUGGAUGUGGUCAAAAUGUAGCCGGAAAUACAUCACAGAAUUUCUAGAUACUGGUUAUGGGGAGUGUUUGCUUGAUGAACCUUCAUCAAGAAUGUACACUUUACCUCAACAACUUCCAGGAUACAUAUAUGAUGUCAAUAAGCAGUGUGAAUUAAUUUUUGGACCUGGAGCUAAAGUUUGCCCCUAUAUGAAGCAGUGCAGAAGACUCUGGUGCAUCAAUGCUGAUGGAGCACACAAAGGAUGUCGCACUCAACAUACACCAUGGGCUGAUGGGACGGAAUGUGGCCUCGGAAAGCACUGCAAAUAUGGCCACUGCAUUCCCAGAGAGCGAGAAGUACCUGUGACAGACGGGGCUUGGGGUGCUUGGAGUCCAUUUGGAGUUUGCUCGCGAACUUGUGGUGGGGGCAUUAAAAAUGCUGUUCGAGAAUGCAACAGACCUGAACCAAAGAAUGGUGGAAAAUAUUGUGUGGGACGCAGAAUGAAAUUUAAAUCCUGUAACACUGAACCAUGCUCUAAGCAAAAGAAAGAUUUCCGUGAUGAACAAUGUGCAGUCUUCGAUGGGAAACAUUUUAACAUUAACGGUCUACCUCCUAAUGUGCGCUGGGUUCCUAAAUAUAGUGGAAUUUUAAUGAAAGAUCGGUGCAAGCUCUUCUGCAGAGUGGCAGGAAACACAGCCUAUUACCAGCUCAGGGACAGGGUUAUUGAUGGCACCCCUUGCGGCCCAGACACAAAUGAUAUCUGUGUACAAGGACUUUGUCGGCAAGCUGGAUGUGAUCAUGUGCUCAAUUCGAAAGCCAGAAGAGAUAAAUGUGGUGUGUGUGGUGGUGAUAAUUCGUCAUGCAAAACUGUUGCAGGGACAUUCAAUACUGUGCUCUAUGGUUAUAACACUGUGGUACGCAUACCAGCUGGUGCUACAAAUAUUGAUGUGCGGCAGCAUAGUUACUCAGGGAAACCAGAUGAUGAUAACUACCUUGCAUUGUCAAGUAAUGAAGGCUUCAUAUUAAAUGGAGACUAUGUUGUCAGCAUGUUUAAAAAGGAAAUCAGAGUCGGAAAUGCUGUGAUAGAAUACAGUGGUUCAAACACUUCAGUUGAACGAAUCAAUUCUACAUACCGUAUUGAUCAAGAAAUAAUCCUUCAGGUUUUAUCAGUGGGUAAUUUAUACAACCCUGACGUCCGAUACACAUUCAAUAUCCCUAUUGAAGAUAAACCUCAGCAGUUUUAUUGGAAUAUCUAUGGCCCUUGGCAACCCUGCAGUAAACUCUGCCAAGGGGAACGAAAAAGGAAGCCUAUUUGCACCCGAGAAUCUGACCAGCUCAUGGUGUCUGACCAAAGAUGUGAUCAAAUUCCCCAACCUGAUCCAGUGACUGAGCUGUGUAACACAAACUGUGAAUUAAGGUGGCAUAUUGCCAGAAAGAGUGAAUGCACUGCACAGUGUGGACUGGGGUACCAAACUUUAGAGAUUUCCUGCACAAAAUACAGCAAGUUGGAAGGGAAAAUUGAGAAAUUUGAUGACCAGUACUGCAGUGGCAUCCCUAAACCAAACUCUAGGGAAAAAUGUUCAGCAGAUUGUAACACUGGAGGAUGGCGCUAUUCAACCUGGACAGACUGCUCUAAGAGCUGUGGUGGUGGCACAAAGAGGCGCCGAGCUGUCUGCAUGAACACUUUCAAUGAUGUUCUGGAGGACAGUAAAUGCAGUCAGCAGGAGAAGGUGACCGUGCAGCGAUGCAAUGAGCUGUCAUGCCCACAGUGGAAAACUGGCGACUGGUCAGAAUGUUUGGUAACCUGUGGGAAAGGUCACAAGCACCGGCAAAUCUGGUGCCAGUUUGGAGGAGACCGAUUAAAUGACCGGCUUUGUAAUGCUGAGACUAAACCAGAUUCCAUGCAAGGCUGUCAGCAACAGGAAUGUGCUGCAUGGCAAGUAGGACCAUGGGGCCAGUGCACUGCAACAUGUGGGCAGGGUUAUCAGAUGAGAGCAGUGAAAUGUGUGGUUGGUGCCUACGUUUCUAUGGUAGAUGAUAAUGAGUGUAAUGCUGCUACCAAGCCAACAGAUACACAGGACUGUGAAAUAGCACCAUGCCGUCUUUACCCAAGCAAUCCAGAAACAAAACCAAGUAUGCCUGGCAACCGCAGAACACAGUGGAGAUUUGGAUCUUGGACUCCUUGCUCAACAACAUGUGGGAAAGGCAGCAGGAUGAGAUACGUCAGCUGUCGUGACGAUCAUGGCUCUGUGGCUGAUGAGGAUGCCUGUGUUCACCUUCCAAAACCAUCAGCGACAGAAGUGUGUACUGUGACACCAUGUGGACAAUGGAAGGCCAUGGAAUGGAGCUCUUGCUCUGUAAUUUGUGGGCAAGGUAAGGUGACCCGACAAGUAGUCUGCAUAGAUUACAGCGACCAAGUUGUUGAUAGGAGUGAGUGUGAUCCUGAGGAUAUCCCUGCAACGGAGCAGGAUUGCUCUAUGCCGUCUUGUCAACAGAUCAACCCUGAAUUUAACAGACCACUCCAUCCAUUCCCUUACCCUGACUAUCGUCAAAAGAACAACCAGGGUGGAAACUUGAACCGAAACCAAGGUCGUGGACAUCUACAUGGAGACAACCAGUGGAGAACUGGCCCAUGGGGAGCAUGUUCCAGUACAUGUGCUGGGGGAUUCCAGCGGCGGGUUGUGGUGUGCCAGGAUGAAAAUGGAUAUACUGCCAAUAAUUGUGAUGCAAGAACAAAACCUGAUGAGCAAAGAUCAUGUGAAUCUGGGCCCUGCCCUCAGUGGGCCCAUGGCAGCUGGGGUGAGUGUACGAAACCAUGUGGUGGAGGAACCAGAACAAGGCUGGUUGUGUGCCAGCAUCCCAAUGGAGAGAGAUUUACUGAUCUGAGCUGUGAAAUCCUUGACAAGCCACCAGACCGUGAGCAGUGCAAUAUGCAGGACUGCCCUCGAGAUGCUGCAUGGAAUACUGGCCCUUGGAGUUCGUGUUCUGUUUCUUGUGGACGAGGGCAAAAGUACCGAGACGUUUAUUGCUUAUCAAAAGACGGGAAACAUUUAGAGAACAAUCUUUGUAAACAACUGCCUAAACCAAAUGUGCAAAGAAAGUGUAGAGGUGGCAGGUGCCCUAAAUGGAAAACCGGAGACUGGGGACAGUGCUCAGUGUCCUGUGGGAGCGGCAUUCAGCAGAGAAGCGUCUUCUGCCACCUUGGUACUCAUAAAACAACUAUGGAGACUGAAUGCAGUCAAUCCAGCAGACCACCUUCUGAACAGGAAUGCAAAAUGGCUGAAUGUACUAUCUACAGUUGGGAAACAGAGAACUGGCAAGAUUGCAGCAAAACAUGUGGUGACGGGUCCAGAUAUCGCAAAGUGAUCUGCGUGGAUCAAAAUAUGCAGGAAGUCAACAGUGUCCACUGUAAUCCGAGCAAGAGGCCAUCUGACAUUGAGAGUUGCAACUUGCCGCCCUGUGAAUACAUCUGGAUUACAGGGGACUGGUCAGAGUGCUCCGUGACAUGUGGUAAUGGCUACAAGCAAAGGCUGGUGUCUUGCAGUGAAAUUUACACUGGGAAGGACCAUUAUGAGUAUGGUUAUCAGAAUACAGUCAACUGUCCGGGUACACAGCCACCAAGUGUGCACUCAUGCUAUCUUGGUGAAUGCCCAGUAUUGGCAUCAUGGAGAGUUGGAAAUUGGGGAAGUUGCUCAGUGACUUGUGGAACUGGGAUAAUGCACCGGUCAGUUCAGUGCCUUACAAAUGAUGACCAAGUGAGCACUUUGUGCCUUGAUGAUUUGAAACCUGAAGAAAGAAGAACAUGCCACAAUACUCAUGACUGUGAAUUACCAACAAGCUGCAAGGAAGUAAAACGGCUCAAAGUUAUAACCGAAGAUGGAGAAUAUUACCUUAAGGUUCAAGGAAGGCUCUUAAAGAUAUAUUGUGCUGGCAUGGAAUCUGACAGACCAAAAGAAUACAUGACUCUCGUUAAUGGUGAUGCGGAGAAUUUCUCUGAAGUGUACAGCUACAGAUUACAUAACCCGACCGAAUGUCCAUAUAAUGGGAGCAGAAGAGAAGAUUGCCAGUGUAGGAAAGAUUACACAGCAGCCGGGUUUUCUGCCUUCAGCAAAGUAAGGCUGGACCUGAACACUAUGCAAAUAAUAACUACCGAUUUACAGUUUGCACAUACACUUGAUGGACGACCUGUUCCUUUUGCCACUGCUGGGGAUUGCUACAGUGCAGCCAAGUGCCCACAGGGGCGUUUUAGCAUCAACCUCUCUGGAACUGGCCUCUCGGUAACACAAGCAUCGAAAUGGCUUUCCCAGGGGAAUUAUGCCGUUUCAGAAAUUAUAAAAUCACCAGAUGGUACCAAAGUAAUAGGGAAAUGUGGUGGUUACUGUGGAAAAUGUACACCAUCAUCUGGAACUGGCCUCGAUGUCCAAGUAUUGUAGCAAUGGAUCUCUGAAUGCCUGGAGCUGAAGGGAGCUGAAGCAAGACAGAUGAAGGAUAAUGAAGCAAUACCUCUGCCUUCCAUUUUUGUACUGUGUGUGCGCGUGUGUGUAUGAGUUUGUUUGUUUGUGUGUGUGUCUCUAUCUAUGUGCCUGCAUAUGUUCCUGUAUACGUGUGAAUAUAUAUAUAUUGUAUAUUCUUAAUGGUCUAAAGUAUAAUAUUUAUGUCUGGAAUUAUUUAUUUUUGAUUAUUUUUGUAUGUAAAAUGUUUAUAUUAAGGCUGCUUAUCGUGGGGUUUUUUUUACCUUUUUUAACUUUGCAGUUAAAAAUAUCCUAUUUUAUAUACUCUACAUUAUAUGUAGUGUUUCGACAAAAGUGAUAACUUUUAUUGUCACUGUACUCAAUUGUUUACUUUCAAUCAGUAAUUUUUUCUUCCUGUUACAGGCUGCACUGAUAUUUUUAAGGUGCUAAAUGGUUUCAUGGUAUUUUUGGCAUUUUAGAACUAACAAAAAAAAAACCAAGAUUUUUUUUUAAAAAAAACUGAUAAGGGAUUCAAACAUACAUUAUGAUUUUAUUGGUUUUAUCAAUAGUUGUAACUUAUGUAUUUUUUUAAAAAAAAUAGCAUGACCUUUAUUGGCCAGUGCGAACAGCCACUGGUUUGGUGCUAAUAUGAUAAUAUUUAUUGAUAUCUUGUAGGCUUUGAAAGCUACAUUCUGUAUAAAACAACAUGGCAAUGAAGGAUGAGUAAGUAAAUCUGGGUAAUCUGAGGUCUCCUAGUGGUAGCAGCUAGAAAUAAAAUAAAUAGAAAAGUUUUAGGUGUGCUCUGGCAUGGAGGUGCACUCUGCAGUGAUGGAGCUCAGCUCUCCUCCAUGAUUCUAACUGAUUACAUCAAAACUAUGACUAUAGAAAAAAAAGACAGAACAGUAGUAUUAAUAGUUCACACAUGUAGAUAUUGCACAACAUUUCUCCAUUAAUAGGUGUGACAAUAUAAGAGCAGGGAAACUACAGCUUGAAAACAGAUUGAUAAAGACUUUGUGUGCCCCCACCUGUAAGGAGUGAGAGAAUAUGGUGUGAUAAAGCAUUGAUCAUUUCACCAGGCUAGUCUAGCUGUUGAACUAGCUGAAUAUUUGAGAUAGGAAUAUGCAUUCUAAUCAGAGGUUAGUGCCAAGCAUGAUGGACAGUAUUCCGUCACCAAAUUCAGAAGCAGCCCUAGCACUGUUGUGGUCCAGUCAUUGCACAAGCAGCACUACUGUAGUUUUUUGUGCUUGUGUUGUCGUUGUUUUUGUAUACAACACUUGUUUCAUGAUAUUUCACCUGGGAUUGAUAGGAAAGUUCCUCGUUCUCCAGAUGUUGGUCUUCCCAAACCUGGAGGAAGGGUCUUCCCAAAGCAAACUGCCCUCCUUUGCUCAAGAAGAACAUAAAUUCAAAAGUAGGAACAGAAUUUCCAUUCUCAGCUGCUAGGGUCAAUGACAUAUCUACGUAGGUUAUCUUUCCCAUGUGCUCCUAGGCAGGACUAUGCUAAUUAGCUAAUGCAAAAGCCUAUAGGAGCCUGGGGAAAAUAGCCCCACCUCAGUUCUUUCAGUCCUGCAUUGCUCCAGGCAGCUUCUUCAUCGUUUCCCUUUCCUGAAGAUCGCUAUAUUUUCCACAACUUCAGUCUUUUUUCAAUUUCUUCUUUAACCUUUACAGUUAUUCCUUGUUCCUCGAACCUUUUAAAAAACAAAAACUUUACUCUUUACUCUGUUACCUCUCACUUCCCACCCCCUCCUACCCCUCUUCCUCCAAGCAGGGAGUAUGCAGGAAGGAUGAGGAGGAUCUUUGUCCCUUGCCUUUUGGGACUAAAAGGCUUUCCCACCACCAUGGGGCCACUGGAGUGCCACCCCCAAACCGCCAGCAUCAGACAUCCACACACAGCCCAGCAGGGCCCAGCCAACCACUGCCUCGGGUUUCCCACUCUCAGGCUGCAAAACCCACAGUUAAAUUGGCCUAACACUCCACCGAACAGCCACCGCUGGAAGAAGAAGAAUCAUUGCUCGCCUUGUCACUCCUCCUAAUGAGGCUUAGACAGGUGGCAGUGACACAUUUGCAGCAUCCGGAGUGGAGUUGAGGGCAAUGGCAAGAGUUCAAGACCCCGCCACCGUGCCUGCAGCCAUGGCAAUACAGGAGGAGGUAUGGGGGGGCAAAGUAGCAUGGAGACCCCACAGCAGCCCGUCACCGAACCUUUGGCCACCACACCAGGGGCUACCACACUGCAUCGGGGGAUGCCAAGACCAAGAGCCAUGUUCACAACCUCCAGGAGCCAGUGAGACCUCUCCUUGCAGAGGAACCCCACCUCCACCCCUGAACCCUCUUGUCCAGAUCCAGCCCUGCCCUCACCCACUCCCCUACCCAGGGCAGUUCCUCCAGAGUGGCAAGCCUGGUUCAAGAAUACAAUUAAUGAUUCCAUUCAAACACUUCAGGCCCCCCAAAAGAGGUCCAAAAGAAAAAGGGGUCAUAGGCAGGACUACUCCUCUUCUGAGGAUUCCCUCUCUUCAAGCUCUUACAGUCCAUCCCCCAGGAGAGCUAAAACAAAGAAUAAAUACACCAAAGGGUCUCCUUCCUGCUCCAUCCAGAGGCUCCAAACAGAAGAACAAAGAGCCACACACCUCAGAACGUUUGGGUCCAGAUUUGGGAGACCCUUCCAUAGAAAACCCCACACCUACUAUCCCAGAUAAAAUACCCUACUCUGGCAACCCCCAUUAUUGUCCUGGAGGCAUACCCUGAUACAGUCUCAGAUGAUGGGGAUGGGGGUAAUCAGGACCCUGACCCUCCGCCUGAUAAAGAAGAGGGUGAGUGGUCAGCCGGGGGAAAACUAGACUCUGGGUCAGCUUCUCAAUGCCUUUUCUUACCCUUGGAUUUCAACCCUCUCAUGACCAGAACUAUCACCACUCUUGGGCUGCUCUCUGAGCCACCGCCUGAAACUACUCAAGCCUCCAAAGGGGACCUCAUUUUUCCAAAACCCGAAAGCAAGAUAUGUUACUACCAAUGCCCAGUCCUCUUUGGAGAAGAGGCACACAAGGAUAUACUAUUAGAGUCCAGGGACAAGUGUAAGGCAAUGCCAUCGGCCACGAAAAAACUGGACAGGCUAACUUUCAAGAAACCUUUUCAGUCCUUUUGUGCCUCAAUGUCUGCCUUUAGAGGCCAUGAUAGAGACCUCAUCACAGCUGAUGAACUGGAACCACUUCCCAGAAAUUUCAACCAGAACAGACAGCCCUUUGGCCUACAGUCCAAACAGGCAAAACAACAAUCCUGACUCAGGGCAUCCCAUCCCUGGAGCGGUACCUAUCAGCACACUUCAGAGGAACAUUGCCAGGAAACACAACAUACUCAUCAAGGUACAUCAACCAGUCAAACUAUCACUACAUUGGUGGCUGUUUCCACAACACAUUGCAUGAGGGAAACAAUUCCUAGAUCCACCAAGUAUCAAAGUGAUGACAGAUGCCAGCAACAGGGGCUGGGGAGCACAAUGCCAGCACCUAUCAACUAAAGGGAAGUGGACAGAUCUAGAAAAGAGGCACAACAUCAACUGGCUAAAGCUCAGACCCAUUCACCUAGCACCAUUCACCUCCCAACACCAUCUCCACAACCAGCAUGUGUUGAUAAGAACAGACAACACCACAGCAAAGGCACAUGUAGACAGACAGGGAGGCACAGGUCAAAGUCACUACACAUGGAAGCAAUCUUCCUGAUGACGUGAGUAGAACCUCACCUUGCCUCUAUCACAGCACACCAUGUGCAGGGAGACCUGAACCAUCUGGCAGACUGGCUCAGCUGUGAGGACCUUCUACCGGGAGAAUGGUCACUGAACCAGAGGCUAUUCAGACAGAUUGCACUAUGAUGGAGGACUCUGGUGAUGAACUUCUUCGCUACAUUGCACAAGGUUCAAUGAGUCCCAAGGUUCAUAUACAGGUUCCACUGCAGGAAGGCAGAAGACACAGACACACUCUCAGCCCAUUGGUCAGGGGCCUCCUUUAUGCCUUCCCCCCCCCCACUCCCCUCUUCUCCAGAGUUCUUAAGAAGGUCCACCUCCUGAGGGCCCCGGUAAUACUGGUGGCCCCAUUCUGGCCCAGAAGACCAUGAUUCGCAGAACUCCUCCACCUGCCAGCAUCAGAAUCAUGGAUGCUACCUGCUUCAGCAUACCUCCUUCUCCAAUGGCCUGUCCAGCAUCCAAACCCAGGGUGGUUAUGUCUAGCCACAUGGAGACUUAAUGGUGACUACUAAAAGUGCAUGGCUAUUCUUCCAGGGUUCUCAACACACCCAUGGCAUCCAGGCAAGCCUCCAUGAAUAGGAUCUAUUAGUGUACAUGGAGAACUGUCCUUCGUUAGUCUGCACUCAGUACCCCGAGACAAGGCAUCCAUUCAACACCUCCUACAGUUUCUACAAGAUGGACUUGAGAAGGGUCUCAAACCACACACACUCAAAUGCCGGGCAGCAUCCUUGGUGGGUCUCAUCUUGGGCCUAAACACCCACACCUCCAGCAAUUCCUAUGAAGGACAACACUACUACUACCUCCUACUGUGUACUGCUUCCCUUCCUGAAACCUCCAUACAGUACUCAAGGCAUUACAGGCCCAUCCAUUCGAACCCAUACGUUCAAUCCAACUUCAUAUUCUGUCAUUCAAACUGGCCUUUCUGGUAGCCAUCACAUCAGCCAGAAGAACUCCAAGCACUCACUGUUCACAAAUUGUACUGCAUCUUUUCCCAGAAAACAGUGUGCUUCAUACCAAACCCCUCUUUAGACCUAAAGUGUCUUCUUCGAUCCAUCACUCAUGUCUCUGAACUUGGUAGCUCAUAGCCUUCAAGAUUUAGUAGCCUUUGAGGCUGUACACAUGAACGUGCAAAACCGGGCUAAGAGAUCCCAACCUAACUUUGCACACUUGUGUGAACCACCAGGAUCGUGCCCGAUCCUGGUGGCCACACAGUGGCAAACCCACCUACUUAAAUUAGGUUAAGUGAACGAGUACUCCCUUAAACUCAUUUUUUUGAUCAUGUGUCUGCUCCUAAAUAAUCAAUAUCAUGGGAUGACCCCUGGUUCUAGUGUUGUGAGAGAGGGGAAAAACAGGUUUCUAUUCACUUUCUCCAGACCAUAUAUAAUUUUAUAAACCUCUAUCAUGCUUCCCCUUAGUUGCCUUUUUCUAAACUAAAAAGCUCCAAAUGUUGUAGCCUUACCUUGCCAUCUGAUCAUUUCGGUUGCCCUCUUCUGCACCUUUUCAAGAUAUAUAAUAUCCUUUUUAAAUGGUACACAGUACUCCCAAAUGUGGUCACUAUAUAUUAUUCAAUAAACUGUGCACCACAACACCAAGAUCACUCUGCUGGUCAGUCACAGACAGGUCACACCCCAUCAGUGUAUAUGUGAAGUUGUGAUUCCCCACCCCCAAUAUGCAUCACCUUACACUUACUUAUACUGAACCGCACUUGCUGCUUUGUUGCUCUUUUGGAGCUCCUCACGAUCUGUUUUGGAUUUCACUACCCAAAAUAUUUUAGUGUCUUCUGCAAGUUUGGCAAGCUCACUGCUUACCCCAUCUUCUGUAUCAUUUAUGAAAAAAUUUAAAGGCCUGGUUUCAAAACAAAUCGCUGGGAGACCCCACUGCUUACUUCCAUCCAUUGUGAAAACUGUCCAUUUAUACCCUUUGUUUCUUGUCUUCCAAUCAGUUACCAAUCCAAUUGGUUUUUAUUGCAGCUGUUGGCCAGCCAAGAGAUAAAAAUCAGAAUAACAAAUAUAACUAAUGUACACAAAUAGUGACUGAAAAUUACACACAGAAAAACAGUAUACAAACAUCCAGGAUAGAUUGCUUUAAAAACAGUAAAACAACUCCUAAAAUUGAGACCUUAAUCUCAUAGCAAUAUAAAAAAAUUUGGCCACCACUUUUGUGAUCUCACAGCUUGUAUCCGCAAGGCAAUAUUGUGUAUACAAAAGCUCACAUCUUCCAGGAAAUCUAACUAACAGUGGGGAAAUAAGUUCUUCUCUAACACCUUGAUACAAAGAGCAAUAUAACAAAACAUGGGUAACAGUUUCCAGGAGGCCGGAGCCACAAGGGCAGAAAACUGUAGCUGAAGAAUCCUUAGCGAACCUCCUUUCCAAAAGAGAGGAGGGCAGCACAUUUAAGCAAGCCCGAGCAAACGCCACCCGAAACUUGGGCCACCUGGAACUUGGACAAGUGAAGCAUUGUUAGAUAAUUUGCACCUCUAUCUCCCGUAGGGGGGGAAAUCCCAAAGUGUAGGGGAAAGCAGGUCCUGUUAGCCGAAGACAUAAGUUCCUGACGUUCAAUGUCAUGCAACCGUAGAAAUAGUAUUUCCUUCACCUUAUUAUUCUCAAGAGUAAGUAGUUCAGAAGGAGAGAGUCCCAACUGCAUUAUUUUGUUGUUUACAUAAGAUAGCCAGGAGUUUGGAUAAGAGUCCAACCAUAAGUAACGGAAAAAAGAAAAAUCCUGAAUCUCUAAACAGAGUUUAAUCCAUCUAGCAAAAGUAGAUUCCCAGGCUUUACAGACUAUAGAAAAAGAUCCAGAUUCCAGGCAAAGAACAGAAUAUGGCACACACCUAGAUUCCAGAAAUGAAUCUGCCUCUUAUCCUAUGACUGCUACGUUUUCUCAGAAGUCUUUCAUGAUCUGCUCUUCUAUAUGGUUAACAAUUUUAUUCUUAAGUAUGUUUUCCAUCAAUUUACCCACAACUGACAUUAAGCUAACUGGCCUGUAAUUUCCUGAAUUCCCAACCUUUUGGUGCUGCAUUGGCUGCUUUCCAGUCUUCUGGCACAGAACCUGAUUGUAAGGACAAGUUACAUAUUUUUAUCAGCAAUUUCACAUUUGAGUUCUUUCAGGAUUUUGGAGUGCUUACUAUCUGGUCUCAAUGAUUUGUUAUUUUUAAUUUUCCAAGACAGCUUAGAACAUCUUCUUCUGUCACCUUUAUUUGAUGCAGUUUUUCAGCCUCCCUCCCUGAAAAGCUCCGUUCAGGCUGGCAUGGGUACAUGCUCUGUAUACUCUGCAGUGAAGACAAAUGCAAAUGACUCAUUCAACUUCUCUGCAAUCUCCAUAUCUUCCUUAAUCAUUCCUUUCACUCCCUUGUCAUCUAGUGGUCCAACUGCAUCCUGGGAGAUUUCCUACUUCUGAUGUAUUUAAAGAUGUUUUUAUUAUUCUCCUUGAUACUUUUAGCUAUAUGUACCUCAAACUCUCUUUUUGCAUUCCCUGUUGUCUCCUUGAAUUUCUUUUGCCAGAGUUUGUGUUCCAUUCUGAUUUGGGCAGGCUUCCGUUUUCUGAAAGAAGUCUUCUUUACUUUUAAAGCUUCCUUGACUCUACUUGUUAGCCAUGCUGACAUCCUCCCCACCUUGGUGGUACCUUUUUGGUAUACAUGUUAAUUGACCUAUUAUUGUGGUUUUAAAUGAACCCCGUAUGCUCUGGAGUGAUUUGACCCUCCUGAUUUUCCCUUUCAGUUUCAUUUUUCCAAUUUUCUAAUUUUGAAGAUGUUUCUUUUUCUGAAGUAAAAAGAGUCUGUAUUGGACACUUUUCCAUGUCAUUAUCACAUAGGUAAGAAGCUGGAAGACUCAUAGCUCAUUAUAUGCUUUGUCUUCAUAAGGACCCAUGUCCAAUACCUGUGUCUCCAAUUAAUAGAGCCUAGGAAAGACACUGACUUUGGAGAGCUGCUUCCAGCUCCAGAUGCUGGGCCAGAUACAUCAAUAGACUGGUGGCAGCCAUUUAGAGAAGAGGCAAUAGAUCUGUAGUAGAACACAUGCUUUGUGUAGAGAAGACUUGGGGUUCAGUCCUUCAUAUCUCCAAUGAAAAGCAUCUCAGGUAGAAGGGUUAAGAGAAAGCUGUUUUUGAGACAGCUAAUGACAGUCUAAAGAGAUGGACUUAUUAUCUGAUCUAAUAUAAAGUAGUUUCAUUUCUUCACUCCCAUGUAUCCAAACUUCUGAUUAUCUAAACAUUUUGGAUUUCAGCCAUUCUGAUGAAUUAGGCUAUGCUUCAUUUGGCUUUAUAUUAUUCUCUAUAUAAAUUAUCUCAGCAUCAAUCUCACAAUAAUAAAUUAAUAUCUCAGUGAGACUGGUAAAAUAAUGUUUUUAAUCAUGAUAAAAUGAUUGUGUAGUCUUUUUGAGAAAAUGCCAAAAAUACCAUUUCAAAGUACAUUCUCUCAAAACCAUAAGAUUAGUUCAAAGGAGUAGUAAUUCAAAAAAGAAAAGAUGACCACUCAUCCUUAAAGAUCUUUUGUAGGGAAAAGGGGAAAUUGCACUAUAAGCAUUAGGACAGAAAUAAUGGUGCUUAAUAGGACUGUGCAAAACAUUCCUGGUUUGAUUCCGAGGCUGCUUUAGAGCUUUGGAGGCCCUUUGAUUCAGUAUAGGGCUUGGGAAGAGAUUUUGCUUCUCCUUGGUCCAAAUCAAAGCACCUCAGGCCAAAAUGGGUCAGUUUGUUUCCAAAGUGAUUUGGCUAUUUUGAUUUCUCCACACACCUCGCCACUUUCCCUGCUGCUAUAGGUACUUACCAACAUGGGCAGGAGAUAGGUUGGCUCUACUGUAUUUUUUUUCCAGAGUGCAGUGAGGAAGCAUUGACUUCUGUGGCUUCACUUUUAAAAUGAAAAGUUUUCCCUGCCAGUAAGUACCUACCAACAGGGUUCAAGGAAGGAUAGCAACACAGGGACGGGUUAAAACAGCUGAAUGACUUCAGAAGCUAAUUAGCCCAGUUCAGCCAGGACUUGCUUCUAUUUGGACCAACCAGCAAUGUGCUGGUUUGGAUCUGAAUCAAAGAUUUUGUGGUCGAAUUGGACUGAAUCGCUUCCAAACUGAAUUAGCCACCAGAGUUUUGCACAGCCCUAGUGCUUAACUGAAGCUUAGAAAGUUACGAUUUGCUUUUUAUUUUCAAUACUGAAGUAAUUAUUUAUACAAAUAAAUAUUAUAGAAAUCUAUACGUUCUUUCAUACCAUGUAUUACCUUAGUGGCUAUCAACAGUGCAAAAAGAAACCUUAACAUUGAAAAUGAAUUUUAAGGCGACUGUGGGUAGAUACUGAUUUUUAGUGUGACUGGUGAGUUAUUUCAAAAGUAAGACCACUGACUAAUUAGACAGAUCUUGUAAAGUAAAUAAAUCAUUAUUCUUUUGUAGCAAUGCCAUUAUUUUUAUGAAAAUCAAAAACUUCCUUUUGCAAGCACA